GGCAGAAGAAACCUCUAUGCUGGUUCAAAUUCUGGUGUGGUUCAGUCUCCCGUGGCAUUCUGUGACAAGUACACCACUUGUGUUGACUGUGUUUUAGCAAGGGAUCCUUACUGUGCUUGGAAACCCCUUGAAGCUUCCUGUGUUGAUAUUUUUAAAGAAGAUGAAAUUGACAGGAACUGGAUUCAGAACAUAGGUGGAGAUGCAUCUUCUUGUUCUGAUAAAGUAAGAGAGAAUUCCCUACAGCAUACAUUCAAGCAUGGGAGCACAGCAGAACUCAAGUGUUCUCAAAAGUCCAAUCUGGCACAGGUAGUUUGGAAAUUCAAAGAUGAUGUGCUGCGAGUGGAGAGCCCCAAGUACCGCCUGCUGGAAAAGGCGCUGCUCAUCUUCAAUUUAUCAGAAGGAGACAGUGGUGUUUACCAGUGUCUGUCAGAAGAAAAAGUGAAGAAUAAGAAAUUUUCUCAAGUGCUGGCUAAGCAUGUUUUGGAACUGAAAAAGAUCCAGCAUACCCCAGUGGGCCCCACCGCAGCAGCUGCACCAACAGAAGGUAAUAGUGAUGUGCCAAAAGUGUCAGCUGUAUCCACCGAGGGGUCUACUGCUCACACCUCGACCACUCAGAUGGUACCGGUAACGACAGCAAGGAUUGUAACAAAGCCCAUUGGCCCUGUCCUAACAAGUGCAGCCUCCAACACGGAGCUCUUCAAUUCGGUUCCUGAUGCAGUCCCAGAAAAGACAAUGUUCCUCAAAUCAAAUGAUAACUUCCUGUUGAUGUUCCUCUUCCUCUUCUUUUUUAUUCUCUUCUUGUGCCUGCUCUCCUACAACUGUUACAAAGGGUACUUGCCAGGGCAGUGCUUGAAAUUUCGCUCUGUUAUGCUGCUUGGUAAGAAGAAAACGAAGUCAGAUUUUUCUGAUUGCGAGCAAAGUGUGAAGGAGACGCUGGUGGAGCAAGGCAGCGUCAGCCACCAAAGCGGGGAGCAGCCAAAGCCAGCACAGGACACUGGCUACGAGACUGAGCCUGACUGUGGGAACGGCCAGCUGCAGCCUGGGGAUUCGCAGGCAUCCCGAGAGGCCAGAGACAAGCCCUUUGAUGUCAAGUGUGAGCUCAAGUAUGCUGACUCGGACGUGGAGGGGGACUGA